ACCCUUUGCUCUGUUCCUUUCAGGAGCUGAUUACUUCUCUUUCGUCCUGUCCCCAUUCCAUCCCUUUCACUAUUUCAAGUUCGGACUGUUGCUUUUCAAGAGCGAAGAUUGACGGCUGACAUCUGCCGCGCGUAUUUAUUUGGGUUGUUCAAGAGAAAGUGAAUUGAUUGGAGAGUACAUCGAACUUUUAUGCUCUUUCCAUUGGCAAAAGGAACGAGAUAUUAUUGAAGAAUCUCGUUAUCGAUUGGAAGUCGUGUUUAUUUUUUUACCGAAGUGAUUGGUGAUUGCAUAUUAGUGGAAUCUUCGAAAAAUUUGCGGGUGCCAUCUUUGCCAACGAUUUGCUUGAAUCCCUUCUUUUGCCAUCCAUAAAGAAACCCAAAUUCUGUAAGUUCAUCAAAUUAUUUGUUUUGAUAUACUGGAACAAUUCUUGAACGAAAUAUUAAUAGUUUUCUUUAGGAAAACGAAGUUUACUAGUUGGAUAUUAAAAAAGUUUUUGACUGUUGGGUAAAUUGAAGAAAGUGAUCUUCGAAGUUUUAUAUCAAAACUUGAUGGUACAGGAAGAAAAAUUACCAUUUUCUGAGUUUAUCUUCCCAUCUAGGUAAGAAUAAAUUGCCAUAAACUAAUAAUUUGAGUGCUCAGACAUUUUUUCCCCAUCAACAAUAUCAUAACCAAAAUCGUGCCAUCAUAAUCCAUUCAUAAUGGCCAACUGGAGCAUACAGUUCAUUUUUAUUUUAUCUUGUCUUUGUACUUUUCAUUGCCAAACCCCUGGUGCUAAACCUCAUCUGCCUUCGGACCAAACAGCAACAACAGAAAGCAAUGAAGUCAAGAAAGUUCAUGUGCGACAGGCUUGGAUACAAAUGGAUAAAGACUUGAAAUCUGGCGUGGGGAAGAUAAUACGCAGAGCCAUGCCAUACUUAAUGAAAGAAAUUUACAAAAAGGAUGUAACUGCCAGUUGCCUUGGAGCCCUGAUGCAGCUAUCUACAGCGUUGAGGCAGUCAAAACUAUGGGCUUAUAAAAUGCUGGACUCUUCGGGCAGGUUCCCAGAAGGUUUUCUGUCCGGCACGCUGACGUCAUUGGGCAACUACGAGGAAUGCGUCAAUAUCCACGUGAAUGAAACCAAACUCAAACUGCAAGGCCAGUACUGCACCAUCAGCCUCAACCCACCUAUUCCAUCAUGGAAGCCGUUCACCACCGUCCACUUCCCCAUGCCAGAACUAGUCAAUGUCUCUGGUCCAGACACGGCAGCAGUUGAAAAUUUAGAAACGCAAACUGUUCAGCAACAAUGA